UUUUUCAACAAUAAAGACAAAAAAACUUCAAAAAAUGUCUCUUAAUUCGGUUAAAUUAUCUAUUUUCACUUCAAUUUUCUUUUUGGGAAUUUUUUAUUCUUUUGGAAUGAUGGGAGAACGUUCUAGGGAGUGCGAUGAAUUAUUAUGGGAUGCGGGAUUUAAAGGGAUUGAAAAAUUCCACAAUAUUUGUACAAAUCCAACGGCAAUAAAAUCUGAUAUUCAAACACAACUUCUUGCCUGGGCAGCGGAAUUUAAUGUUUCUACCAAAUUCCAAACAUGUUCAAAUUGGCAUCAAGAAGUUUUAACAAAUAUUACAAAUUAUGCCAACAACAAUUUUAAAGGAUCGUUGUUUGAUUUGGUGAAUAAUUUAGUUACCAUUUUGUCAGACAAUUCAAAAACUCGAGUUCAUGAAUGUAAUGCGACUUUUGCUUUACUCGAAGCAGCUUCACCAAGGCCAGAAAGUAACAAAACAAUGCGACAUGAACAUAUGAGUUGUAUGCAUCCACCCCCAUCUUCAAGUGUUUGUACUUUAUAUCCACAAGAAUGUUAUCAUGGAAGAGUUCCUUUUCCGAUAGAUAAUAAUAGAGGAGGUGAAAUGCAUGAUAAUAGAGAAGGAGGAACGGAACAUGUAAACUUUCAGCAUGUUCCCAAAAAUGAAAAUGAAGGAGGAUAUGGAAAUAAUAAUAAUCAAUCAUAA